CCAGAAUGGAAGUCGUACUACAAUCUGUGAGAACCUUUCUGAGGGUUCCGAAAAUUCCUAAAGUAAUCCGAUGGUGUCAUACAAACUCCAGUGGAUUGAGUUACUUUCACAAAGUUGGGAAGUACCCUCUGGCCUAUAGAACAAUUGGCCAGGAGUUGAGCCGAGUAGUGAGUGAAUUCGGUGAUCGCCAAGCUUAUAUUUGUGUCGAGGAGAAUAAGAGGUUCACUUACGGUGAGCUAAAAAUUCAAGCAGAUCGCUUGGCAGCAGGAUUUCAAGCCAUCGGUUUGACCAAAGGUGAUCGCCUUGGAAUUUGGGCUCCCAAUGUUUCAAUGUGGCCAAUUGUAAUGUUCGCAGCUGCAAGAGCUGGGCUCAUCCUUGUAGCCCUGAAUCCAGCCUAUGAAGCUCCAGAGUUGGAGUACUGCAUUCACAAAGUCGGAAUGAAGGCUCUAGUGACCUCAGAGAGUUUUCGUACUAAGGAUUACUAUGACAAACUGUUGCAGAUUAUUCCCAAUCUCAACACAUUUUCUCCUGGGAAGAUUCACAGCAAGAGAUUCCCCUUCCUUCAAAGUGUUAUAAUUAACUCUGAAAAAUACUUUCCGGGCACUCUUCGACUCUCUGAUGUUGAAUCUUUGGCAACUACUUCCCAAAUUGGUAAAAUCGAAGAUCAACAGAAAUUUAUCAGUCCAGAUAGUGGAUGCAAUAUUCAAUUUACUUCUGGAACAACAGGAAAUCCAAAAGCUGCCUUAUUGAAACAUUUUGCUAUAGUUAACAAUGCUAUUGACAUUGGAAGACGUGUUGAAUUAGAAAACAAGAAAAUCUGUAUGCCAGUGCCAUUUUUUCAUGUAUAUGGGGUAGUGGCAACAGUCAUGGCCGGUUUAUCUGCCCAAGCAAAUGUUGUUGUUCCAUCGGCUGUAUACAGUCCAGAUAAAACACUUCUUGCGAUUAGAGAUGAAGAAUGUCAAGUGAUUUAUGGUACGCCAACGAUGUACGUUGACUUAGUAAAUAAACAGAGAGAAAGGAAGUAUGAUCUUAAGGCAGAAAUUGGUGCAAUUGGUGCAGCAAUGAGCACUUCCCAUCUGUGCAGAGAAAUAAUAAACGUUUUAGGAUUAAAAAAAUUAAAGGCACUUUAUGGUAUGACAGAAAAAUCCGGUCUGAGCUUUGGCAGCCUUCCUGAAGACACCAAUGAGCAAGCAUUUAAAACAGUUGGUCAGGUUCAAGAUCACAUUGAGGUGAAAGUGAUUGAUAGUGCGGGAUAUCUGGUGCCAUUUGGGGUUCCAGGAGAGCUCUGUGCCCGCGGAUAUUUACUAAUGUCAGGAUAUUGGGGUGACGAAGAAAAAACAAAGGAGACACUGGGAGAUGAUGGAUGGCUGAGAACUGGAGAUCAGUUUGUGCUACAAGCUGAUGGAUAUGGAAAGAUCGUAGGGAGGCUAAAGGAAAUGAUCAUCAGGGGAGGAGAAAAUAUUUUUCCCAAAGAGAUUGAGGAUUUCCUAGCCUCAUGCCCUCAAAUAGCCGAAGUUCACAUCGUGGGAGUUCCGGAUAAGCGUCUGGGAGAGGAAUUGUGUGCUUUUGUACGUCUCCGUGCAGAAUGUGAAUCCUUUACUGAGAAGGACAUCAAGGAAUUUUGCAAAGGGAAGAUUUCCUAUCAUAAAAUCCCAAAGUACAUUGAAAUAGUCACAGAGUUUCCUAAAACUCUCUCAGGGAAGAUUCAGAAGUUUAAGCUGCAACAAUGGUUUGAGAAGAAAUAUGACAAGAAGAACAUGUUAAGAACAGAUUUGUGAAAUUUUCUUUUGUGAAUUUUGUCACAAUAAUUUCUACUAUAUGUAAGUGUGGUGCAAUUUGAAAAUGCAAUAAAGUAACAAAAAUAAUCUACAAUUUAACAAUGGAGAUGUUAACAAUAGUUUAAUCGUAUGGCUACAAAAUUAGUAUUAAUUUUAAUGCAUAAUUUUUAAAGUUUUAUUUUGAGGUCAGGGCUGUUCUCAUUAAAUUUAUUUGUGUAACAAUUCUAAUUGAUUCGCUUAAUUUGGUAUUUUCAUCCAAUUUUUUAAAAUUGUGAAUGUACAGAAUUAUUUCAAAA